CAUUUCCUAUUUUGUAUUCCCAUAAAGAAACCCAGCUUUCACAAGCUUCAGCACUUGAACCUUUCAACUGAUUCAACGAGCGAAACUAAUCAGAUUAAAGCAACACUCACAACGAUCGCAGUCGUUGAUCAUCUACGAUGUCUAAUGGCGAGUCCUCCGUCAAUGAUUCCUCCGUCAACAAUGCGGUCGGCGGCAUGAUACAAGCUGUAUCGCCUAUGUUUCGCCCUGAGUUAGUCCCAAUCCAUCACCAGCCCGCAUACUCAAUUUCCUCUAACCCUCCUUUCAGAGACGUCAAUGAACCCUACCCCACCGUCAAGAUCCUGAUCGGUCCCACCAUGAGCCAGUGGACAGUCCCGAGGAUCUGCUUCCACAUCCUGUCGCCCGAGUACGCUACUUUCGUCCUCGGCCAGCUACCACAGGAGAACGGCUGGAUCCUCUACGAGGACAUGGACGACCACGUCUUCACGCUCCUCGGCGACUUCCAGUACACAGGCGACUAUAACAUAAUCGAAGACCCCGCCGCCAGCUACGACGGCACCCACUACAACCCGAUCACAUUUCCCGGCAUCGGCCCCGUGGAAACGAUGUCCACCGCCCUUCAGAUGCUAUACUUCCUCGACGUAGCGGGCGUGCAUCCCAACGUCGGUGUCGGCAGCUGCUUCGACCUGAUCGAGGACGCCGACUGCGGCUUCGCACCCAUCGCCCACCCCGUCCCCAUACUCAUCGAGCACCUCCUCGCGCACGCGAAGCUGUACCACAUCAGCCGCGCGCACAACAUCCCGCGCCUCGCCGACCUCGCGCAGCGAAAGCUGCUCUUCGCCCUCAUGACGGCGAGGCUGACGCCCGAGUACGCGCGCGGCCUGGCGGAGACGGCGCGCUACCUAUUCACCGUUCUGAGCCCCGCGGAUCCCCUGCGGGAGGCGUUCUCGCGCCUCUUCACGCGCGUGUACGCUCUGUUCAGCGAGGAGCCCGCGUAUGUCGCCGUCGUCGACCAGUUCUUCGUCUGGACCUAUAACUAUCAGUGGGUCAUGAACUGGCGCUGAGCCGAGCCGAGCUGAGCUGCGCAGCUCCCCCAAUCACCCCACCCCAGCCGGUGGCCGCUAUAAUGGGGGGAGGGGGCUACGAAUAACAAUGACGAUGAUGGGAGUGGG